UGAAAAAUUUGAACUUAAAGAUUUUACAAAGUAUUAAUAUUUGAAACUUGAAAAUAUAUUUUUAUUAACUCUCUAUUGUUAAUACGCACACACACGGCCUAGGAUAGCGUUCCUUGUCCUUUAAAGCGUAAUUAUUAUUUGUGUUAUUCAUAACAGGUACUAGGAGAUCUGAAUACUUUUCGCUGGACGCACGUUGAUUUACCUUCCCACAUUAAGCAUGAAGAUCUUAUUAAUGUAAUUUAUUCGCCUCUAAAUUUUAAAGAUAUUAUGUUGGCCACUGGUAGAAUCAGAAAUACGGCAUUUUCCUCUAAUGCUUUAUCCGAUUUACUCGGCUUUGAAUAUGUUGGAUUUGACAUGCAUGGACAGAGAAUUAUGGGAAUGUGCGCAUAUGGAGGAAUAUCAAACGUUUGCGUGCCUGACAAAUAUCUAAGUUGGGAAGUACCCGAUAAGUGGACACUGGAAGACGCAGCAACAGUUCCGUGUGUGUAUAGCACAUGUUAUUGCGCUUUAUAUAUGCACGGUAAAAUAAAAAGGAGAGACAAAGUGUUGAUCCAUUCGGGUUCUGGAGGUGUUGGACAAGCUGCGAUCUAUCUUGCCCUUUAUGAAGGUUGCGAAGUGUUUACAACAGUUGGAACAGAAGAAAAAAGGCAGUUUAUAAGAGAAACGUUUCCCUCUAUUCCGGAAGAAAAUAUUGGAAACUCUCGCGAUACAAGCUUCGAACAAAUGAUUAUGCAGCGUACAAAAGGUCGUGGAGUAGAUAUCGUAUUGAAUUCUUUAGCCGAAGAGAAAUUGCAAGCAUCCGUUCGCUGUCUCGCAAAUGGUGGCCGUUUUUUGGAAAUUGGAAAAUACGAUAUGGUUUCUAAUAAUCCCUUGGACACAUCAGUUUUCUAUAAAGGGAUCAAUUUUCAUUCUAUUUUAUUAGACAACUUCUUGUUUAAAUGUCCAAAAACAGUGAUAAGACUGCAGGAAGCAAUCACAGACUAUUUAGAAAAGGGCAUUAUUAAACCGCUAAGUAGAAAGAUCUUUAAAAGGAAUGAAGUAGAAGCUGCAUUUAGAUAUAUGGCCAGUGGAAAACAUAUUGGCAAGGUAAAAUAAUUUUGUAAUAUACAGGUAUAAUUCAAAUGAAAUUAU